GAGAGCUGUGAUUGGUCACAGCUUAUCACAUGGUACAAGGCUGUUGUGAAUAGCCUUGUACCAUGUGACCUCUGUGAUCAUUCACAGAUUUCACACGUAGUAAGCAAUGUCAGAAGUGACAUCUUGUUUACUGCUAUUCAUGUGAUCACUGAUUGGCCAAUCAGUGAUUACAUGAUCGGGACCUCGCACAGAGGUCCCGUACAGCGAUCUGUGUUGUGCUGUGUCCAGAGGACACAGCAGGCAACCGAUCGCAGUGACGGGCAUUCCCAGGAAGCGCGCAUAGGCAAUGAAUGGUCGGGUGGCCGUUUAUAA